AGCCUCAGUGCGCUGCGGUACGUGGUCGAGCGAGGACGACGUCGCUGCUUCGAGUCUCGCGCGCGAGAGAUAGCCUCCACGUCUCUCUUUCUCUCUCUCUCUCUCGCUCUCGGCCCGUAUUUUGUUCGUGUGUCGCGAAAGCGGAGCAACGUAACGGUACGGCUCAUUCGGUGUAGGUGUGCGCGCGUGUGUUUGUGCUGAGUGUAGGCGCUACGGGUCUGCAUUCCGGAGCGAUUUUUCUCGAGAUACGCAGUACGUACACCGAGUAAGAGAGAAAGAAAGAGACGUCGCCUGGCGUACCAGCGAGGCUCUCGCAAGAGUCCGCACACACCACGUCGUCUGGCCUGAUUAACAUAUCCGCCGCCGAUCUUCUGCGUCUUCCGCUUCGAGAGAGGAACCAGAAUAUCAAAUAAGCCCAGUUAAUCCGGAGAAGAGCACAGCGCGUUGCAUGAUAACAGGUGGUCGUAGCAGUAGACGCGCACACACUCGCACACACGUAAGCACGCACGCGUGCGCGCUCAGUGCCGGUUUAUAAAAUUUUCCUGCGAAAAAGCGGUGGUGCCGGUAUACGCAGGCAGUGUUAAAUACAGUGUGCAGAACACGUAAGCGCGUAGGAAUCCCGAGUGUCGUACAGUAUUUUCCCCGCGAGCCAGCUGUGAGGAAGCCACCGACGCUGCCGCCGCCGCCGGUUUUGUUUGGCGUAAGAGACGCUCACAAAACCCACCGGAGCGAGUGAAAAAGCGGACGGCAGAAAAAGACUACGAGGCGAACAGGGAGAAAGAGAGGAUGAAGAGAUAAAAGAGGAACACACGGCGCAGAGGAAAUAGCUGAAAUAGCCCGGAGAGAGAAAUUAGGCGCUGCUGGCGAACGAAUCAAAAGCUUCGCGGAUUUUCAGGGAAAGCCAGGCCAGAAGCUUUUCCAUCGAAGCCGACCGCUCGGCAGUGUACGUCUGUGUGAUAGACGUCGAAGCUGUGAUACAUCCUACUGCUACAACUACUACCACUGCAGCAGCAGCUGAGGAGAGUAGCCGCUCUCACGCGCGAACAGGAGCAAAAAAGAAGUGCAACGGUAGAGGACUUCCAUGCUCGUCAGGUGAAAGAGAGAGAGGAUCGAGGCCCAGCGGACACGUCUCGAGGGUUGGCAGAAAGUAGCGGUAGCAUUGCUUAAACAAUCCCGACGACUCAUAAUCGAGCACUCGACUCGCGGUGCUUGAGCGACAGCCGCGCGCGCGCGACAACAGGUGGUUGACAAAACGGACGAGUUGGAGGAUCAGAGCGGCUGGAGGAGCAACAGCGUCAAGUGCAGCCCGACGAUGAGGCUGAUGCAGCGCCUGGCCAUCAGCGGACUGCUGUCCGUCAUGCUGAUCGUCCUGCUGACGGGGACGUUCGUGACGAGGCGCGACCUGACGAGCGUCGUCGACCGAGGCGUCGGUCCGGAGGAGCGGAACGAGCAAAUCAAUCCCGCCUGGGUCCAGGACAACAUCGUCCUCGACCCCGUGUACCAGCAGCAGAAGCUGGCCUUCAAGUCGGUCACGACGCCGCGGAUCAACGUCGUCGUGAACGUGAGGCACAGGCAUCCACCGAUAGAGGAGCCCGUGCUAGAGCUCGAGCAGCCAGACGCAGCGCAGGCGCUCGGGCCCUACGUCGUCAAGCAGCCCAAUCCACCCUUAGAUGACGUCACCCACCAGCGCAGGGAGAAGGUCAAGGAGAUGAUGAAGCACGGCUGGGACAACUACGUGCGCUACGCCUGGGGCAAGAAUGAGCUGCGGCCAAUCUCGAAGAGGGGCCACAGCGCCAGCAUCUUCGGCACCUCGACAAUGGGCGCCACCAUAGUCGACGGCCUUGACACCCUCUACAUUAUGGGACUUCACGAGGAGUUCAAGCAGGGCCGCGACUGGAUCGCCCAGAAUCUCGAUUUCGAUAUCAACUCGGAGAUGUCAUUGUUCGAGACGAACAUUCGUUUCAUGGGUAGUCUACUGGCCAGCUACGCUCUCACCGGCGACGUGAUGUUCCGCGAUAAAGCGGCUCUGCUCGGCGAGCGCUUGCUGCCGGCCUUCCAAACGGAAACCGGAAUUCCUCACUCCCUCAUCAAUCUUCACACCGGAGCGAGUAAAAACUACGGCUGGGCAAGCAGCGGCUGCAGUAUCCUGGCGGAAAUCGGAACGAUGCACCUGGAAUUCACGUACUUGAGUGACAUCACGGGCAACCCCAUCUACAGAGCGAAGGUCGAGCACGUGCGGAAGACUCUGAAGAACCUCGAGAAGCCGAAAGGAUUAUAUCCGAAUUACAUCCAUCCGAAGACCGGAAAAUGGGGAAGACAUCACAUGUCUCUGGGCGGUCUCGGCGACAGCUUCUACGAGUACCUGCUGAAGGCGUGGAUCCAGUCCGGCAAGGAGGACAGCGAAGCCCGCGAGAUGUACGACGAGGCGAUGGACGCGGUCGUCAAGCACAUGAUCAUGCGAUCCGCCGGUGGGCUGCUUUACGCCUCGGACCUGCAGUACGAGAGACUCGAGCACAAGAUGGGUCACCUCGCCUGUUUCGCCGGUGGCAUGUUCGCGCUCGGGGCCAAAACGCAGGAGAACGAAGUGAGUAAUCAACACAUGGACAUAGCGGCCGGUCUAACGAACACCUGUCACGAGUCCUACGACCGCAGCGCCACGAAGCUCGGCCCCGAAGCCUUCCACUUCAUCGAGGGCAACGAGGCCAAAAGCCUCAAGAACGGCGAGAAAUACUACAUCUUGCGACCCGAGACUUUCGAGUCGUACUUCGUGAUGUGGCGGCUGACGAAAGAUCCCAAGUACCGGGAGUGGGGCUGGGAGGCCGUGCAAGCUCUCGAGAGGCACUGUCGCGUUCCCGGAGGCUACACCGGCCUCCACAACGUCUACCAACUCGACUCGCCCAAGGAUGACGUCCAGCAGAGUUACUUCUUCGCCGAGACGCUCAAGUACCUCUACCUGCUGUUCAGCGACGACGAUCUCAUAAGCCUCGACGAAUGGGUCUUCAACUCGGAGGCUCAUGCUCUGCCGAUCAGGGGCAAGAAUCCGCUCUACCGCGCGGCACCUACCUUAUAAAGCCCGGGACUUGCUGCUCCAUAAUACACGGCAACUAAUAGGCGGCAGCGGCGGCGACGGCGACACUUCUCGGCAGCGUGAAGCGCGUUGUUGUUUUUACCACGGAGAAGAGAAAACGAAGAUUCAACGCUCCACGUACACGAUCCUUUGAUCCUCCGCGCUUCCACCGAGCCGUCGACCGAAGUGUCAAAUAUAGUCAAUCGUGAACGCGAGAGAAAGAAUGUAUGUGUAUGAGAGAGAGAGAGAGAGAGAGAGAGAGAGAAAGCACACGACACGGUACGAUUAUACACGCAACGCAGCUGAAUGAGAGUAAGUGAUCGGUGCGAUGACAGUUAUUCGAAGCUUUAUACACAUACACACACGCAAAAAAAGCACGUUUGUACAUAACGGUAUGAGGGAGCGAGAUGUAGUGUUUGAAGCGAAUGCAUGAUACGUUCUUCUUUUACACUGCUACUACAAUGUUAACGCGCGCGACCGAGAAAAAAACCGCGAAGCCUCUGCACGGCAGCUCGCGUCGUCGAAAAGGAGCUUUGUCAUCCCCAUCCGCGCGCCGACGACUACGACGACUGCGUUUCGGUUUUUUUCCUUCGCUUACACACGCCCCAAUCUCUCGAGACACGCGCAUCGACAUGCGAGUAUCUCACGUAUCUGGUGUACACGCGCGCUCCAACUUUUCCUUUGUCGUGACGAGGCGUGUAAUCGACAUUCCGAUUUUUACAAGAGGUCAGCGCAUCGCUUCGGGCUUACGCGCGGGCUUUUUGAAACUCAAUGCGAAUGACGAUUCUUACCCCUCGAAAGUCUUCCUUUUUUGAUUUUUUCUUUUCUUUAGUCGCAUACAUUCCUCUGGGUACGAAUUGUACUGCCACUGCACGUUUCAGCGUACACAUUAUAUAACGAGCCUAUAGCGAAUCGAGAAUGAUGAGGAAGCGCGUGUGUGUGAGCUCUUCCAAUCGCAUUCACUCAUAAACUAAUUAUAAAUAUAUACAUAGUUAUAAUCAACGAUACUUUGGAGAAAACGAUAUUCUGUGCAAACAUGCCUACAAUGACUUCGUGUACAUGGGUGAAUAAAAUUUAAAAAAGUAAGCUAGCUUGGAUGCUUGAGACAGGCGUGUACGAUGCGGAUGCCAAUCGCGUGUCAGUCUUAUACUGUAGCUGUAAUAAUUAAGAGAUUAACGUUAGCAAACUGCAAUGAGAAUAGACUUGUAUAUAAGACGGAUGCUAUAUUGAAAGAAAGUCAUAUUCUGCGCAUCGAUCGAACAUGUAAGAGAUAGCGCUAGGAACAGAGGAAGAGAGCGAGGAAGAGAGAGCGUGAAUCCUUUAUAUAGUGGUUGCAAUGAAGAUCUAUUUAAAUAUAUUGCGAUGCAUAUAUACUUAAUGCGAUUUGGUUCACUUAAAUUCUUAAACAAGAAAUUGCUCUACUUGAACAAACCAAUAUUCGAAAAAUCACGACGAUAACAUAUUAAUAAAUAAUAGUCAAUUAUCUUUUAAAGCGGUUCUUGCUAUAUUAGUGAUAUUUUUGUACUUUAAAAAAGUUUUUAUGAAACCUUUUUAAUUUCUACCGAUAUUUACGCGUUUGUAACACUGUGGCAAUCUAUGAAAUCACGACAAAAAGAAUGCAUGUGCGAUAAGAUAUUAUAAAAUUUUUUAUAUUAAAAUUUAUGAAGCGUUGUAUGUACAUCUGAAUUUUGAAUGGCUUGUUUGCUUUUAAGAAUUUAAGUAAACUGAAAAGUUAUGAAUAAAUCGCAUAGAGCCCAAAGUCGAUCACCCGUUAAUAAAGACGUUGGCCAGAUACAAGCAUAUAUGAAGCGUAUACAAGGCGAUAUGGUAGCGUACCGCCAGUGUCAAAUGUAACUUCCGAUAACAAUCAGUUAAAUGUUGCUGCUGCUAAUCGACGAUUAACGGCCAGAAGGUUACUUAAUGUGUAUACACUCUACUUUUUUAAGAUAGUAUAUCCAAAUGUAAGAAGCUCUCGCGAUCUUCGGGGAGGAAAGUUCAGUUGAAGGCAAUAAAAAGAAAAGUCAAACUUGUGACUUUUUUCCCUGAAUCGAUCCGGUCGUCCUGCCGACUAAAAAGAAAUUAAAGCGACUGUUGUCUAUCGAUGUAUAUCACACCUUCGAGACUCGCGACGUGCAAGGUAUUUUUUCCGAAUGUAGCAUCGUUAUGAUUGUACGCGUGACUCUAAUAUUCUAAGAUAUUCCUUUUAUAUUUCGAUUUUUAAUGCUAUUCGUAAACAAAUAACGCAAAGUAAAAUACGUAGUUAUCAUCCGAGGUGAAAAGAUUUUGUAUAUCUGUGGCCAAUCUAUUUUUCUUAUUUUAUCAGUAAUGAGUAAUUUGCAA